AUGUGUUCAAUGUGGAUUAUGAGCGCUUUGCUGGCGCUUAGCACUGUUUUACCAGUGUGGAGCGCGUCUUUAUCGGCUACAACGGGAGCGCGAUAUCAAGCUCCUGAUGAAUGCCGUUGGACUAAUGAUGAUGAUGAAUCUGGAGUCGCGUUACAGUGUCGAUUAAGGACUAUAAAUAGUGAAUUAGAAAAUACAAAUUUUAGUGCUAUUCAACCACAUCUUACCGUGAGACUGCGUCUCGAAUGUAGUGAUGCUCUUUUUUUCCAAAGCUCGCUUGCACCGGGAAGUUUUCGCCAACUAAUAGAACUAAGGGAACUUACAAUUGAAUAUUGUAAGAUCGGAAAUCUUUCUGACGGUGCCUUUACGGGUCUUCGAGAGCUCAGGAAUCUAACUAUACGUACGCACAACACUGAUUGGUCUACAAUGACACUAGAAGUUACACCAACUGCGUUUUCAAGAGACGUACAAAAUCUUGAACGUCUGGACCUAAGUGAAAAUAAUAUGUUAGCAUUUCCUGAAGGGGCUCUAUGCUCGUUAAGAAAUCUAGAAUAUUUAAAUAUGACUGGGAACAGGAUGAGAGAUAUUAGCCAUUUUCAAUUCUCAUCAGCUCAUCGUCACCCAACAGAAAAAUGUGGUGACAAUCUACUAGUUUUAGAUUUAUCAAGGAAUCUUAUUGAUACUAUACCGCCUGGUCUUCUUUCAGGCUUAAGACGAUUACAAAAGUUAUAUUUACAAGGCAAUGGAUUAAAUUCCGUAGCAGAUAGAGCCUUAGAGGGGCUUAUUUCGCUAACAACAGUUAGAUUUUCUGACAAUCAAUUAACUAGUUUACCUCCUGAAUUAUUUAGUGACACUAAGGAGUUGAAAGAAAUAUAUCUUAAUAAUAAUACAAUUACCGUUCUGGCUCCUGGGUUAUUCAGUGAUUUACUACAAUUACUUGUUUUAGAUUUGUCUUACAAUGAAUUAACCUCAGAUUGGAUAAAUACUUCUACAUUUUUUGGACUGAAAAGACUCAUAUUCUUAGAUUUUUCACACAAUAGAGUUUCUAAACUUGAGAUAGCACUAUUUAGAGAUUUAAAUAAUUUGCAAAUAUUAAAAAUGCAAGAUAAUUUUAUUGAACACAUACCAGAAAAUGUAUUUAAUUCUCUUGGAAAUUUGCAUACUUUGAUAUUAUCCAAUAAUAGACUAACAAAUGUUGAAAGCUUUUCUUUUAUUGGGUUACCUGGCUUAUCAGUUUUAUCUAUUGACAGCAAUCGCAUCUCAAAAAUACACCCCCAUUCUUUACGUAACUGUACUUCAUUACAAGACCUGCAUAUAAAUGGAAAUAGAUUAGAUGAAGUACCCAUAGCGUUAAGGGAAAUACCGCAAUUAAAAACUCUUGAUUUAGGAGAAAAUUUAAUCGUGAGCAUUGAAAACGCGUCAUUUAUGGCAAUGCAACAAAUGUAUGGGCUGCGACUAACUGAAAAUAAUAUUGGAAAUAUUAGUAAAGGCGUAUUUGAUAAGAUGACAUCCCUAAAAAUUUUAAACUUGUCAAGAAAUAAAAUUCAUAAAAUUGAAGCUGGAGCUUUCGAUGGUAACAUAAAUUUACAAGCUAUACGAUUAGAUGGAAAUUACUUGACCGACAUCGAUGGACUUUUCGCCAAGUUACCUAAUUUGGUAUGGCUGAACAUUUCUGAUAAUCGCCUAAAAUUGUUUGACUAUGCUAUGAUUCCAACUGGAUUGCAAUGGCUGGACAUUCACGCUAAUAGAAUCGCUGAACUUGGAAAUUACUUUGAAAUUGAAUCGCAGUUAUCGCUUAGUACUUUCGACGCUAGUUCUAAUAGAUUGACGGAGAUAACGGGAAGUGCCAUACCUAACUCAGUGGAAAUGUUGUAUUUAAAUGAUAAUUUAAUUUCCAAAGUACAAUCUUAUACAUUUUUUAAGAAGCCAAAUCUAACAAGGGUAGAUUUGUAUGGAAAUAAAAUAACCAGCCUAGAUCCGAACUCUUUAAGAAUAUCCGCCGUACCACAGGAUAAAUCUGUUCCCGAGUUUUUCAUUGGUGGGAAUCCUUUAGAAUGCGAUUGCACAAUGGAAUGGUUACAAAAAAUAAAUACUGGAAAUAGAGCUAGAACUCAGCCUAAGCUAAUGGACUUGGACAGUAUAUAUUGUAAAUUACUUUACAAUCGUGGCAAUGCAUAUGUACCUUUAGUAGAAGCCGCACCCCAUCAGUUUUUAUGUAAAUAUGAGUUUCAUUGCUUCGCACUUUGUCACUGUUGUGACUUCGAUGCAUGUGACUGUAAAAUGACAUGUCCUAACAAUUGUACUUGUUACCAUGAUCAAUCUUGGUCGGCUAACGUUGUAGAGUGUUCUAAUGCGGGGUAUGUCGAUCUGUUACCUGAAAGAAUACCUAUGGAGGCUACUCAGCUAUAUUUAGAUGGUAAUGAUAUAAAAAUGCUCCCAAGUCAUGCUUUCAUUGGGAGAAAAAGAUUAAAGAUAUUAUAUUUAAAUUCAUCAAAUAUAGAAACCAUUCACAAUAGAACUUUUAACGGUUUGAGAGAAUUAGAAGUAUUGCACCUCGAUCAUAAUAGCCUAACAACUAUAGAAGGACAGGAAUUUAAUGGAUUGGAUAACUUGCGCGAGUUGUAUGUGAAUAACAACAAAAUUAAAACAAUCGGAAAGGAAAUGUUUAAUCACAUGCAAAAGUUACAAAUAUUACACCUACAUCACAAUGCAUUGGUAACUUUAUCAGUUUGGAAAAUCAAUAGAGCCGUUACUACGAUCACCUUAUCUUACAACCCUUGGUCAUGUGACUGCGAAUUUACAGAAAUGUUCCGUGAAUGGACAAAAAAAGUAAGUUCCAUAACAGAUUUAUCCAAUAUAAAAUGUGUUUAUUCGAUAAACAAUACAACUGAUAUAGGAAUAUACAAUGAAAGUGUUUUUGAGGACCCUAAAUACGGAUUUAAAAUAGUUGAAGAAAAUGGAACAAUAUGCACUGGAUUACCAAGUAUAAAUAAUAGCAUUAACGGGAAUUUGACGUCUACCAAAACCAUUAUCAGCAAUGAUGAAACUAAUUACGUGGCCGUGAUAGUUGGAAUUCUUGUUGGAUUUUUAUUAUUAGUAUUAGUUACAAUAAUAAUAUGUAAAUACAGUCAUGGCAUUAGAGCGCUAGUUUAUGCAAGGUUUGGGAUAAAGUUAUGCUCCAAAGAUGUAAAUCAUGAUGAUCGUGAGAAACUGUAUGAUGCCUUUGUGAGUUACAGUUCCAAAGAUGAAGCAUGGGUGACAGAAAAGCUUGCACCCAUGUUAGAGCACGCAGAUCCUUGUUAUAAGUUGUAUUUACAUUAUCGCGAUUUUCCUGUAGGCGGAUAUAUUGGUGAUAACAUAAUACAGGCCGUGGAAUCAUCGCGUCGUACAAUAAUGGUGCUAAGUGAGAAUUUCAUAAAGUCAGAAUGGUCCCGAUUUGAGUUUAAAUCUGCACAUCAUCAAGUAUUAAGAGACAGACGAAAAAGACUCAUAGUGGUGUUAUUAGGUGAAGUGUCCAAAAAAGAACUUGAUCCUGAUAUAAGACUUUACUUAAAAGCAAACAAAUAUCUGCGCUCAAGUGAUAAAUUAUUCUGGGAAAAGCUGAAAUUUGCUCUACCUAAAGUUCGUGAUAAGCAAAGGCAUCGUGGAAUGCCAAGUCCUGGUGCCGACACCGUACCCAUGCAUCGAAAUCAUCAUCCCAGGAGUCACUUGGGCGCCUUGCCUCCUCCACCGGGAGUGCAUGGAGCUCACCCUGUAUUACCACCGCAUCCAUCCCUAACCCCACAUCAAAUCCCAGCCCGUGCUUCGCCUCGAAAUCAUUCCGUCCAUGUG